AUGGCAAAGGAGCAAGAGGCCGAUUACCGCGAAGUACUUACUAGACGGACACCGCAGCCUAGCCAGGGUAGUCAGCAGCGACAGACACCACGCUCCAACCGCUCCAAUCGCGCCAAUCUGGGCAAUCAACAACAGACACCACCAUUAAACCAGAGCGAUCAGAGUAGUCAGCAGCGAUAG